ACUCUGUACAUUAACUAACAACAACAACAACAACAACAACAACAACAACAACAACAACAACAACCUCAAUCGGAACCACACAUAACUCUCCCAAAAUGACCGCAUCAACUCAAUCACAACCGCAAUCACUUUCCCAAACCGAACGAACCGCCGCCUCAACCCUACACCUCCUGGAAGCCCGCCUCCACCGCCUCACAUACCUCCUCACCGGCGACGCAGCAUGGACAGGCACGCCCACGCCCCCGGCCAAACCAUCCUCACACGACGAAACUAUCUCGAGAAGACUACAGCGUCUAGAGGGCGAGUUGGAGAGACUUAGCGGUCGCUCGGCGGCCGUGAGGGAUGUUUUGGGGCUUUACGACCGAUUCCCAGACCUCUUCUCACCGUCAUCAACACAACAACAACAACAACCCUCAGAUCCAUCCGACGCCUCUCCAUGCUCCCCAGAAGACUCCGAAUCAACCACAGCACCAGGUCAAACCCAACUCCCUGACCUCCCCCUCUCCACCCUCCAAAGCAUAGUCCUCUCCUACGCAUCCACAAUCCCCGAAACAGCCUCGCGACUCACAUCCCUAAACGACACGCCCGUGCCAGACCCUACACUCUCAGCCGGGCUGAUCGAGUUGGUGCCGCGCAUGGAGAAACUAUCGGGCGUGCAGAGCGGGCAGGCGCGUGAGAUUGCAGAGCUCAGGGUAAGGACGGCGAAGGUGUUGCAGAGGUUUUAUGAGGUGUCUUUGCUUGGUGGGAGUGAGGUUUGGGCGGAGUGGGAGGGGCGGAUUGAGGGUGUGGAGCGCGGGGUUAGGAGGGGGGAGGUUGCGGUUGGGAGGGAGGGUAUUUAAAAAGAUUAAAACUUCUUUCUUCCGUUUUUAUUAUUACGGAUAGUUUCUAGAUUUAUGUUUAUAUCUAUCGCUUGUGUGAUGCGGUUUGAUGUUUGAUACCACUACGUUACUUUACUUUGCAUUUACUUCUUUACUAUACUUCAAAUCUAGAGGAUUCCGGUG